UAUAAAAAUGUUAUUUAUUUCAGGGUGUUAGGAUUAUGCAAUAAUUUUGCUUAUGUUAUUAUGUUAAGUGCUGCUCAUGACAUUUUAGAUGAAGAACAGAAAACAUCUAAUGGAACUCAGGGAUCUAACAAAGACACAACAUAUUUAUCAUGUAAUCAAAUAGGUACAGGGGCUAUUUUAUUGGCUGAUAUUUUACCUACAUUAGUUAUUAAAACUGCUGGACCAUUAUAUAUACAGAAAAUUGGAUAUAAAAUUAAAGUCAGUUUAACAGUUCUAUUUGCACUUGCCAGUUUUUUUAUUGUUGGUUUUGCUCAAGAUGUUUGGUUGAGUAUAUUAGGAGUAAUAUGUGCCAGUAUUAGCGGGGGUUUAGGAGAAAUUACAUUUUUAAGUUUAUCCUCAUUUUUUGAUAGAAAUGUUGUAUCAACAUGGUCAUCAGGAACUGGUGGUGCUGGUGUAUUUGGCUCUUUAGCUUACGCUGGGUUUACAUCAGCAGGAUUAAAACCUAGAACUACAGUUUUGAUUAUGGUUGUUGUACCUGUAUUAAUGGCAAUAAGUUAUUUUAUAGUAUUAGUCCAUCCUCCAGAACUAAGACAUCAAGAAAAGGGUGAAGAAAGUGAACAUAUAUUAAAGGAUCACAGUAAGUUCAAUUUCUAUGAAUUUGCUGUUGUAUUAUUAUGUUCAAAGGUUAAGAACAAACAAGAACUAAAAACCAUGCAGCGUCCAUUGUUGAAAUAUAUGAUUCCAUUAACAACUGUUUAUUUUGCUGAAUAUUUUAUUAAUCAAGGUUUGCAUGAAUUAUUGUACUUUAAUAACAUAUGGAUAGAAAAAAAAGAGCAGUAUAGAUGGUAUCAAGUGGAUUAUCAAAUUGGUGUUUUUUUAUCUAGAUCAUCUGUAAAUUUAUUACAAAUAAAAAAAUUAUGGAUACUACCAUUAUUACAGUUAGUCAAUAUGGCAGUGUUACUAAGUCAAGUCUUCUAUAGAUAUAUUCCAAAUGUUUGGAUCAUAUUUGCUAUAGUAUUAUUUGAAGGCCUGUUGGGAGGAGCAGCUUAUGUAAAUACAUUCUAUAGAAUGUCUAUAGAGAUUCCAGCAGAACAUAGAGAGUUUAGUUUAGGAGCUGCUUCUCUAGGUGAUACAAUUGGUAUUGCUGUUGCAGGAGCUGUAGCUAUUCCAAGUCAUAACCAUAUGUGUAGUCUUAAAAUCAAGAUGAACUCAUAA